AUGACUUGCUGUACCUUGAAACCUCCGGACCUCAACCUUCCCGGUCCUUCUCGUUACGCCCAUCAGUCGAUCCCCAUCGACAACUCGUACAAAAGUUUCGCGCCGAUGGCUGCUCCGUACAUCGCUCUGCCCCACCAGCAGCGCCUGCGAGCUGACACUCCUCCGCUCGACGAUGAGCUCGACCACAUCAAGCCGUUCGACGGCCACAAGCCCAUCUACCACGGCGGUUUCGACUCGCAGCUGAAGCGUGUCCUUCAGGACAUUGACAUCCACGGCUGCGAGGCCAAUGGAGAGAAUGCCUUCUUCGUCGCCGACCUCUCCGAGGUCUAUCGCCAGCACCUCCGCUGGAUGCGUGCCCUUCCGCGCAUCGUGCCCUUCUACGCCGUCAAGUGCAACCCGGACCCUUACGUGUUGCAGCUGCUCGCCGCGCUCGGUACCGGUUUCGACUGUGCCUCGAACGGCGAGAUCGAGGCGGUGCUCAAGCUGGGCAUCAACCCGGCGCGCAUCAUCUACGCCAACCCGUGCAAGGCCGCCAGCUUUGUGCGCCACGCCGCCGCGCACAAUGUCGGCCUCACUACGUUCGACAACAUGGACGAGUUGGACAAGAUGAAGCGCUACCACCCUUCGUGCAAGUUGGUGGUGCGUAUCUUGACCGAUGACUCCAAGAGCGCGUGCCAGUUGGGACUCAAAUUUGGUGCGCCUCUGGCUUCGGUGCCUCGUUUGCUGCAGCGUGCGCGCGAGCUUGAGCUCGACGUUGUCGGUGUCAGUUUCCAUGUUGGGUCCGGGUGUUAUGAUCCAGACUCGUUCCGGGAUGCUGUGUACCGCGCGCGUUGUGCAUUCGAGAUGGGCAAGGAGGCCGGAUACACGUUUGACCUGCUCGACGUCGGUGGUGGCUUUGGCCACGAUAACUUCGAGAUGGUUGCAGGUGUGCUGGGACCUGCGAUUGACAGGUACUUCCCGGACGAGGACUUUGCGCCUGGAGGAAAGGAGGUGGUUGGGAAGGCGAAUGGGCUGAGGAUCAUUGCCGAGCCCGGUCGCUUCUAUGUCCACUCGGCGUUUGCGUUGGCUACCAACAUCAUCGCCGCGCGUCGUGGCGAGCCGUCGCCGGCAGCCGCCGACGUUGAGGCUGCCGCCCCCACCAAGCCCCAAGUCAUGUACUACCAGAACGACGGCCUGUACGGCUCGUUCAACUGCGUCAUCUUCGACCACGUCACCGUCUACCCCAAGGUACUGACGCUGGGCUAUGAGUACGCGUACGAGCCCGCUAUCGCUUCGCCCGGUGUGGCGGCGAUUGCGGCCGACGACUCGGUCGAGCAGAAGGACGCAAAGACGCUCCAGUCCUGCAGCGUGUGGGGCCCCACAUGCGACUCGAUCGACUGCGUGCGCGAUCUCGUCCAGCUGCCCAAGGGCUUGAAGGUCGGAGAUUGGCUGGUGUACGAGAACAUGGGCGCGUACACGAUCUGCGCCGCGAGCACGUUCAACGGUAUCCGCCGCUCGGAGGUGAGAUACACGUUGGGCGAGGGCGAGGACGCGCAGGUCGUAAAGCAGUUGAUGCUGCACUAG